GAAUCUAUCUAUAACUUGAAAACCCAAACAAUGACUCAUGUCUAGAUUCCUAGCUCAAUAUUAUGCUUUGUCUAUUUAAUUUUCUGGCCACUCCACUCUCCCCCCAUUCAACCUACAAAAUCUAUAUAACUCUGCCUGUUUUUUUUGUCCUAGAAUCCAAUUGUGUAUGGUUGCUACUUCACUUGUAUACUUACUAUUAUUAUCCUAAUAAAACAACAAAAAUGUGUUCUCUAAAGACAAAGAGAAAGGCUCACUAUCCACCAUAUGUAAUUUGGGUUUCGGCUCUCUUGCUGUUCAUCCCUAUUGUUGUCACCUCAUUAGGCCGUCCUGCUAACCCUUCUCUUCUGAGUCUAAUUUCAUCUUAUCGGAUUUUGAGUCGUACUAAGCUCAUCAAUUCUGCAGCUUCUCUCAGUGGUAAACAACAUAACAAGUGGUUUCAAGAAAAUGAACCUGAUCAGCAGCUUUCUUCCUCUCCAGCGACCAAACCUUCUGCAGUUCAUGGUUAUUAUUAUAGUAAUGGAACACUUGACCAGGUGUCUCAUGUAACUGCUGCAAUUGUUGCUCAUCCACCUUCUCCUCUUAUGGAAAACAAAGAACAUGCUGAUAGGAGUGAUGGGAAGGAGAAGUUGUUAAGAGGUAAUGGUACAAGAGUAGUGGCAUCAGAUGCAGUCAAUAAUGACAAGAGAGAAAGGAGGGUUGAAGCCAUCUUGGCAAAAGCGAGGUCAGCCAUAAGAGAAGCUUCCUCUGCCAGAAAUGGCAGCAGCAGCAACAUGAUAUCUAGCCACCAGGACCCUGAUUAUGUCCCUCAAGGCCCCAUCUAUCACAAUGCCAAUGCCUUUCACAGGAGCUACCUGGAGAUGGAAAAGGUGUUCAAGAUGUAUGUCUACUCAGAAGGUGAGCCUCCAAUCUUUCACAAUGGACCCUGCAGGAGUAUAUACUCCACCGAGGGCAGGUUCAUUCACCAAAUGGAAAAGGGCAAUUUGUUCCGAACGAAUGAUCCCGAUGAGGCAUUGGUCUAUUUCCUCCCCUUUAGUGUGGUGGUUAUGGUGCAAUACCUUCACAUCCCUGGGGCCCAUGACAUGCACCCCAUUGGUCGCACGGUUGCCGACUACAUCAAUCUUAUUUCCUCUAGUCAUCCCUUCUGGAAUCGAAGCCUCGGCGCGGAUCACCUCAUGCUCUCUUGCCAUGACUGGGGGCCUUACUCAACGACUUACGUUCCCAAUCUGUUCAACAACUCUAUCAGAGUGUUGUGCAAUGCUAACACCUCAGAAGGAUUCAAUCCCCGAAAAGACGUCUCGUUACCGGAAAUCAACCUGAAGACAGGCGAAAUCGCCGGCUUAAUAGGUGGCCCUUCCCCAUCCAGACGCUUUGUCCUGGCGUUCUUCGCCGGCGGUCUGCACGGACACAUAAGGCAAGUCCUUCUGGACCAGUGGAAGGACAGAGAUCCGGACAUCUUAGUGUACGACAAGCUCCCCAGUAGCAGCGGGAAGUCCUAUGAGUCUAUGCUGAGGAAUAGCCGGUUCUGUUUAUGUCCGAGCGGGUAUGAGGUGGCGAGCCCACGUAUAGUGGAAGCGAUAUACGCGGAAUGUGUGCCGGUGUUGAUAUCUGACGGGUACGUAGCACCGUUCAGCGACGUUUUGAACUGGAAGGCUUUUUCAGUGGCUGUGGACAUUAAGGAGAUUGGGAAUUUGAAGAAGAUACUGAUGGGGAUAUCAGGGAGUCAGUAUGUGAGGAUGCAAAGGAGAGUGAAGCAGGUGCAGAGGCAUUUUGUGAUCAAUGGACCUCCCAAGCGAUUUGAUCUCUUUCACAUGAUUGUUCACUCCAUCUGGCUCAGGAGAUUGAAUCUCCGGGUUCAUGCUAGGAGAUGAUGAUCCACAUUCUUUUUUGCUCUUUUCUACAUUUCAUUUCAUUAUUUCUACAACUUGGCUUAUAAUAUUUAUGAAAUAUCUAAUAAAGCCAGUAAAUAUUAACAGUGUU